CUGCACGUGGCGAUACCAAGUGGGCCCUCCCCCCCACACCUCCCUUGGCAGCGUGCCGGAGCCAGCAGGCAAGGUGAUACGGGGGCGGAUGAGCUGUAAAAGAGACACGAGCCGAGGAACUGUUCCACGUGGAGCUCUUAUAAGCUGUCAGAAGGCCUUCCCGUCCCGUUGCACCGUACCAACAUACACACAAGGUUUGGGGCUCCAUCUCUUCCUUCGCCAACAAGUUUGUGAAUGCCAACCUAUGUCAGGGUACCACCUUCGUCUUCAGGGUAGUAACAAGCCACAGCAUUUCUUAUCAACAAGACGGACCGCUGCCUCGUUUUAGUUCUGACAGAAGGGAAGGUCUUUCGCGAAGAACAGCAAACUUUUCUGAACAGAUUGUCAUAGCAGCAAGGUGAGAUACAACGCGGAACGACAGACAGAAAGACACUUGACCAUCAUGAGGAAGACCACAUCACAGACCUGCUGGACUGCAGUCACCGUCCUUCUCAGCCUCUCUCUGCUUCUCAGCCCUGCCUCAGCCAAAUGUGUCGGGAAGUGGAACAUUCAUGCGUGUCAUGGAGGUAAUGGCAAGCGUUCUGACCCCAGCAUGGAGGCAGUUCCCAGACGCCUUCUGAGACAGCUGCUGCUCCGAAACUCACCCGCCUACCCGAUGGCGGCAGGACCACUGCUGCCUGACGUUGCCUCUGACGAAUCUUUCAGCAGCGAGUACCCGGAUUUUGCCCCCGCUGCCAGCCCAGCUGACCAGCUUUCAGCUCUUGUUAAUACUUUAAGAAGUUUGCAGAAGGAAAACGCAGACUUGGCGUGACGUCAGCGAUGAACAGCUGCACGGGCGAUGACGUCGAUUCCGUCUCUGGCCUGUUUGCAAAACAACAACAACAAUAAACAGUAACUCACGUGACUGUCAGCACUAGGAUGUGAUUCAUUGUUCCUGGUUUCGAUAGAGAUAAAUAAACAGCCAAACUUCUG